AUGCUUAUUUCACAUGGUGCAGAUGUUAAUGCAAAAGAUAAAGAUUUGCAAACUCCUCUUCAUUGUGCUUCAGAAUGCAAUUCAAAGGAAAUCGCAGAAUUACUUAUUGGUCAUGGUGCAGAAAUCAAUUCUAAAGAUGAAGAAAAAGAAACUCCUCUUCAUGUAACUGCAUAUUGUGAUAGUAUUGCAGUAGCCGAAGUACUUAUUCUUCAUGGUGCAAAUAUCAAUAAACAUAAUAUGGAAGGUAAACUCCCCAUUCAUGUUUCUGUCGAAGAGAGCCAUUAUAAGAUUUCCGAAUUUUUAAUAUCACAUGGGGCAGACAUCAAUGCAACCGAAAAAUAUUCAUUGAAUACCGCUUUACAUAAUGCAGUCACAUACGGCGAUACCGAUUCAAUAAAAUUUCUUAUUUCUCAUGGUAUCAACAUUGAUUCAAAAGAUAAAGAUGGGAAUACCUCUCUUCAUUUAGCAGUUGUAAAUUCUGAUAUCGAAUUUAUUGAAAUCCUUCUUGAAAAUGGAGCAGAUAUCAACUCCAAAAAUUUCAAAGGCCAAACUGUCCUUCAUAUUUCAGUUGAAAAAAAUGACAUAGAUAUUACAAAAUAUCUUGUUGAACAUUCUUCAAAUAUCAAAUCAAGAGAUAACAACGGAAAAACAGCUCUUCAUAUUUCAUCAAAAUUUAAUAACACAAAAGCAGCAAAUCUAUUAAUUUCAUCUGGAAUUCAAAUAGAUAAAAGAGAUCAUGAAGGUAAAACCGCACUUCAUGAAGCAGCAGCAAUAAAUAAUACAGAAAUUGGCGAAAUUCUAAUUUCCCAUGGUUCAAAUAUUCAUGCAAAAGAUAACUAUGGAAAAACUGCUCUCCAUUGUGCAUAA